AUAGCCAUCCUGCACUUGUUUGGAUCCUUCAAAUUGUAGGUUUUCCGACAUCAUUUUGGUUUAUAAUAGCCUCUUGUCAUGAUGACUACCGAAAACAUGUCUCAAUUAACUUGUUUUGCGAGCUACCAAUUAGUUUCAUGGUGUUUGCCAGAACGUUGUCUUUUGUGAACUGCGACCACCUAAAUUAUAAUUUCAUGUUGCAUAAACUGCUCGGUCAACCUUCUUCCGAAGAAAAACUUGAUGUGGGCACAGCAGUCAGCUUGAUGGCACAAAAGACAGCAAGAUUCAGCUCAUACUAGUGAGCUACUUUUCACUGUUCUUACUUGAACUUGCAGUUUAGAUCAUUGCUUUGGUUUCGCCUACCUACUCUUCAUGCAUUGAUGCAGUUAAAGAUGAUGAUGCCACAAGGAAGGUUUUAGCUGAUGCAUUAAAGUUGAUCGAGUCCACCAAAAACCUAUGACAGGCAGAUAUCAUCUGUCGAUUCCAUCUCACAACUAAAACUCUUGUUUCUGAACAAUGUAUGUAGUCUCUGAAACAAGCUCGUGUCGAUCCAUAAAUCAUCAUUCCUUUCCAUGGGAGAUGCAUCGGUUGCUGAUUUAUUAGCAUUCCAUCGAGUCGGAACCUAUUGAUUAGGAAUAAAGAUUUGCUACCUUAUCACGAUGUAUAACUCUCCAGCUUCCACCGACACCUUAAUCGUCUUCUACAAGGGACCACAACAAGGGUUGCAUCUUUCUUCCUGUGAGUUCAUUCAGAGUGUAUUGUAGACCUCAUACUAUCCCUCCAAUCUUUGUACUCUUUGUAUACUGCAACGAUACAUGGCCAUGGCGAACCAAAGCGUUAGAUGGUUAAUCAACAGUCAUUGACAGUUCUAGAUGCCACCCUAAACAUAUUCAACAGUACAUGUCAUGCAACCAUGUCAGAACUCUCAGCCCUCUCUCUCUCUCUCUCUCUCUCUCUCUCUCUCUCUCGCUAUAUAUAUAGUCUAUCCCAAGUAGAGGAGGCAUCGGCGUUCGCAUAGCCAUCGCUUGGUUGAUACACUGAGAGGGUAUCUGCUUCUUGGGAGGAAGCAUUUUGGAGGAGUUGUCUGGUGAUGGCAUGCAUCAACAUGGUCAACUCGGAGCACCAGGGACUCCGCGGCGUGCCGGCAGUGCCACCGCCGAUCGGCCCCCGCAUCUCCUUCUCCAGUGACUUCGUCGUGGAGCCGCCCGCGGCGCGGAACCCCGGGCCUCCUCCCGAUCCCAACUUCGAGUUUGCGGUCGGCGGGGACUCGAUGAUCGACGCCGACAAGCUCUUCUUCAAGGGCCGGCUGCUACCUCUCAAGGAGAGCCACCAGUGCGGGCCGCAGCGGAUGACCACCCUGAGGGAGGAGCUUCGGGCCAGCGAGGAGUGGGAGCGGCCGCUGAGGGGAUCCAUCAAGUGGAAGGAGCUCCUUGGGCUCAAGAAGUCCCACUGCAGCUCGGCCGCAAAGAAGAGCGACAAGCCUGUGCAGGGGGAUGUAUGAGGCCAUGUAUGGCGCACAUGAAACUGUUCAUGGUGCCAAAGCAGCGGAGACAGAGGUCGGGGAAGUGUCAUGACUAGUUUUCCUUCGUCUUCCAAAUCUUGUUGAUGUUGUUGUUCCUAGUUAAGGUGGAGCUGCUGGUUGGUCUAAGUACUGGAACUUGAGUGGGAACUCCUAUAGUUCUUCCUGGUGGGGAGUGAGGUGGAGCAGGCCAAUUGAGGAGUUCCUGUAGCUUGUGAGGGAAUUGGUUUUACUCUCUCUCUCUCUCUCUCUCUCUCUCAUGUGGAUCGAUCUGUGUAGUUUGAGCAGGAAUUACUGUACUUCCAACCAGGUUGGUGUUUAACAGUUUACUAUUUCUUUUCUUCUUUCACUUUUGUACAAAUGUUUGGACGUGGGAAAUUGAUUUGUGGGAAUCAGAUGAAGGCUCUUUCAGUA